AUGGGUUCGAUGCGGCUAGAUCUGAGUGGCAAGAUUUAUCCAGACACUAUCGAUCACUUUGACACGCUACCGGAUUCUCUUGUGCUCUUGAUCUUCAACAGAAUUGGAGAUGUCAAGGCUCUGGGACGAUGCUGCGUGGUUUCUAGAAGAUUCCACUCGCUCGUUCCGCAGGUGGAUAAUGUCAUUGUUCGAGUUGACUGCGUCAUCUCCGAAGAUGAUCCUGCCUCCUCCUCCACCACCUCGUCUGGCUCUUCUGCCACCUAUAAGUCCCGCAACCCUGUAUCCUCUCUUUUUCGCUUCGUCAUCUCUGGUCUCUUUAAGCCGCUUCAGUCAUUGACCCAGCUUAUUACUUCCUCGACUCACUGCCACUCAAUUUCAUCGAAUUCAGAAGAUUUGAACCUGGAUUCUGACCGGAACAUCGUGACUCACCAUUCCCCUACUGAAGUCUUGAAGAAUUUUAACGAAAUUAAGCUUCUCCGAAUUGAAUUGCCGAGCGGUGAGCUCGGGAUUGAUGAAGGUAUUUUGCUCAAGUGGAAGGCGGAUUUUGGGUCUACACUGGAUAAUUGCGUCAUUCUUGGAGCCUCCAGUGUAAGUCAGACUGCGAAAAGUAAUGAAUUUUCUGGUGCUUGUACGGUUAAUAAUGAUAAUAAUGGGAAUAAUAUUGGAGCCGAGAACGAUAAUGGGAGCAUACCCGAAUCAUUUUACACUAAUGGGGGCUUGAAAUUACGUGUAGUGUGGACAAUAAGCUCCUUGAUUGCGGCGUCUGCUAGGCAUUAUCUGCUUCAGCCAAUAAUAGCGGAGCACAAGACGCUAAAGAGCUUGGUUUUGACAGAUGCCGAUGGGCAGGGAGUGUUGUCUAUGAAUGAAGAGCAGUUGGAGGAGCUGAGGAUGAAGCCUCUAUCAGCCUCUUCAGCUUCCAAGAGGACUCUGGUUCCGGCUCUGAACAUGCGGUUGUGCUGUGAGGAUGUUGGUGAAGAGGAGGACUUAUUGUCUGGAAAUGAACUCAUUCUAAAUUGGGGGACGGCGAAUGAGUGUCUGAGGUCUUUCAAGGAAAGCUGA